UACUACUACUACUAUCAGUGAGCUUCUCCUACCAUAUCCACCCAUGCCAUAACACCACCACCACCACCACCACCACUGCAGCAGAGAUGGAUUUUGAAAGCCCUCAUGUGGAGAAGGAGUUUCCGGGCCUGUACGCCUCCGAGUCCUCCAGACGCAGCAACAGCGAUUGAGUGUCGAUGAUUUGAUUGAGGCAGUAUUCCUCGGCAAAGUGCAUGACAGCUUUUGCCUGGGUCCUCAUGUCUUCCGCUCCUCCAUACACACACUCCAAAUUCCAGUCUAUUAGCGGAAAGUUUAAGUCUCCAAGGCAGUGCCAGUGUUUGGAGUGCCACUGUGCCUGGCCGUCCAGCGCUGCCCGGCACACGAUGGCAUCCAGCUGCCCACCAUUGUCAGGGAGUGCAUUGACCAGAUAGAGGAGCGUGACACCAAGAUGACCUACCAGAAUGUGAGCAUCGUGCUGUCGCCCACCAUGCAGAUUUCUCACCGGGUGCUCAAUGUCUUCUUCCUCAACCGUGCCUACCUCUUUGGGGGAGUCGCCAUCAAAAAGUACAUUCCCCCCAUUGGGUAGCAGCAGCAGUGGAGAGCGGAGUGUGGAGCAGCUGCAAAGUGUGGCAGAGAUUGAGGUGGAAAUGAUGAAGCAGGAAUAUCUAUUGGCACACCUCCAUACUCAGGUAACCGCCGGGCAGGUGUCUCGGAGCAAGGAGGAGCAGCUUUGGGAGUCUACAGCGGCACCCUACUCAACCCACCACCACCACCACCACCACCCAUAAUGUGACAGUUAUUAGCACGGAGGAAGUGCCGACUAGUGAGACUGGUUGUGUUUCCGACACUGUGCCACUGUUGACGAGUGCAGUGCCGUGAGUGCCAGUGUUAGUGUGGCACCUCAGACGGAGGGUGAUUCGGCACUCCAGGGUGAUGUCAGAGUGCCAAGUGACGAGCCCAAAACCGAGGAGGAGAAGGAGGAGGAGGAGGAGGAGGAGGAGGAGGAGGAGGAGGAGAGAGAAACACAGGAACAAAUAGAUGGAGAGAGGAGAGAAGAAGGAAAAAGGAGGAGAAGGAAGAGGAGGAGGAAAAAUUCACCAACUUCACCACCAAAAUUUCCACCAAUGAAAGAGGACCCCAAGAUACUGUCAUACAAAUAGUGCCACAGGGGACAGCGGGGGUGGCACAGGGGGCCUCGGGGGUGCCGCAGGGGAGGGGAGAGCUGCCCCCGCCCCUCGACUCGGAGCCUUGAUGACACUAGGCCUAAGGACUAAAGAAUUCUGAGCACCGAUUCUGUAGCGGAAAGUGUUGGCGUGUGGCAUUGCUUGCCGGUCUAAUAUGCAUGACGCUCUCGUAAAUUAGGACAGAUGGAGACAGCGGGCAUGAACGGGGGGGCAAGAAGGAGUUGUUGAGAAGCAAAAAGAAGGAGCGGAACGACAAGAAGAAAGACAAGGGUUACACAGCGCUCGGAGAAGACAGCUCGCCAGACGACAUGGAGGGCCAGGACACAAGGAAUCCUUUGAAGCCCAAGAAGCAAAAAUCCUUCAAGUUCCUCCACAAGAGAGAGAAAGAGGAGAAGGAGGACAGGAAGGAGGAGAAGAGGAAGGAGAAGGUGGAGAGAAAGAUUGACAAGCGGAAGGAGAAGGUGGAGCGGAGGAAGGAGGAAGGAGGAGAAAAGAUGUUUAAGAAGGACAAGAAGAAGAAGGAGGAACAGGAGGAAGAGGAAGUGCCUGUGUUUGGAGUGCCACUGUGCCUGGCCGUCCAGCGCUGCCCGGCACACGAUGGCAUCCAGCUGCCCGCCAUUGUCAGGGAGUGCAUUGACCAGAUAGAGGAGUGGGGUCUCCACUGUGAGGGCAUCUACAGGCUGAGUGGCGUCAAGAGCAAAGCGCAUCAACUGCGUCGCCUCUACAACACUGGGGAGGCUGUGAGGCUGUGUGACCAGGAGCCGCACGUCAUCGCAUCCUUCAUCAAGCAGUACCUCAGGGAGUUGCCGGAGCCAGUGUUGACGUCGGACAUGAUGCCACACUUUGAGGAUGUAGCGAUGAUUCCUAACCCCAGGGAGCGCGCCGAGGCCAUGCGCCAGCUGAUCAACCGCCUGCCAACCGCCUGCUGCUCCAAUACAUGUUCAAGCAUAUGGGACACAUCAUUGCAAGGAGAGUUGCCGGAGCCAGUGAUGCCGUCGGACAUGAUGCCACACUUUGAGGAUGUAGCGAUCAUUCCUAACCCCGGGGAGCGCGCCGAGGCCAUGCGCCAGCUGAUCAACCGCCUGCCAACCGCCAACCGCCUGCUGCUCCAAUACAUGUUCAAGCAUAUGGGACACAUCAUUGCAAGGGAGCGUGACACCAAGAUGACCUACCAGAAUGUGAGCAUUGUGCUGUCGCCCACCAUGCAGAUUUCUCACCGGGUGCUCAAUGUCUUCUUCCUCAACCGUGCCUACCUCUUUGGGGGAGUCGCCAUCAAAAAGUACAUUCCGCCCAUUGGUAGCAGCAGCAGUGGCAGCAGUGGAGAGCGGAGUCUGGAACAGCUGCAAAGUGUGGCAGAGAUUGAGGUGGAAAUGAUGAAGCAGGAAUCUCGAUUGGCACACCUCCAUACUCAGGUAACCGCCGGGCAGGUGUCUCGGAGCAAGGAGGAGCAGCUUUGGGAGUCUACAGCGGCACCCUACUCAACCCACCACCACCACCACCACCCAUAAUGUGACAGUUAUUAGCACGGAGGAAGUGCCGACUAGUGAGACUGAUUGUGUUUCCGUCACUGUGCCACUGUUGACGAGUGCAGUGACGUGAGUGCCAGUGUUAGUGUGGCACCUCAGACGGAGGGUGAUUCGGCACUCCAGGGUGAUGUCAGAGUGCCAAGUGACGAGCCCAAAACCAAGGAGGAGAAGGAGGAGGAGGAAAAGAAGGAAGAGGAGGAGGAAAAGAAGGAAGAGGAGGAGGAAAACAAAGCUAGUCAAGUGAUCAAACUGGAGGAAAAGGAAGAAGAGGAGGAGAAGAAAGAGGAGGAGGAGGAGGAGGAGAGAGAAACACAGGAACAAAUAGAUGGAGAGAGGAGAGAAGAAGGAAAAAGGAGGAGAAGGAAGAGGAGGAGGAGGAGGAGGAAAAAUUCACCAACUUCACCACCAAACUUUCCACCAAUGAAAGAGGACCCCAAGAUACUGUCAUACAAAUAGUGCCACAGGGGACAGCGGGGGUGGCACAGGGGGCCUCGGGGGUGCCGCAGGGGAGGGGAGAGCUGCCCCCGCCCCUCGACUCGGAGCCUUGACGACACUAGGCCUAAGGGUGCCUGAGGACGCCUUCCCAUGGACAGCAGCAGGCGACAUCCUCCUGAGGGGCUGCUGUGUGGCGUCCAUCCUUCUUUGUAUAAAGACAAAUACACUUACCUCAACACAACAA